AUGUCUUCGUCUGUACAAUCUGGAGUGCUGACGCUGCUGCACACGGCGUGCGGCGCCGGCGUGCUCGCCAUGCCGUACGCGUUCCGCGCGUUCGGGCUGCUGGCGGGCGGGGCGAUCUUGGCGUGCUGCGGCGCGUCCGCAAUGGUGGGCCUGGUGUUGCAGAGCCACGUGGCGCAGUACGUACCGCCGCGGCAGGCGUCGUUCUUCUCGCUUGCGCAGAUUAGCAACCCCGAGCUGAGCGUCGUGUUCGACUGCGCGAUCGCGGUCAAGUGCUUCGGGGUGGGCGUGUCGUACCUGGUGGUGCUGGGCGACCUGAUGCCGCAGCUCGCGGGGACGGUGACGGCGGCGCCGUGGCUGCUGGACCGCAAUGUGCAGAUCACGUUCUGGACGGCGGCCGUGAUUGCGCCGCUGUGCUGCAUGCGGCACCUGCACUCGCUCAAGUACGCGAGCAUGGUGGCGGUCGCGGCGGUCGCGUACCUGGGUGCGCUGGUCGCGGCGCGCGCGGCAUGGCCGUCGCCGGAGCUAGAGCGCCUGCGCGGACCGGUCUCGCUGGGGCUGCCGCCGGGCACGUCCGGCGGCGCGAUGCUCAGCUCGUUCCCGAUCUUCGUCUUCGCGUACACGUGCCACCACAACAUGUUCUCGAUCGUCAACGAGCUCCGCGACAACUCGCUGGGCGCGUGUCUGCGUGUCGUGGUCGCGGCCAUCGCGCUUGCGGUCGCGCUCUACGCGACCAUCGGCGGUGCGGGCUACCUGACCUUUGGCGACCACAUCACUGGCAACAUCAUCGCGCAGUACCCGCCCGCGCCCGCGACCACGCUGGGCCGCGCGGCCAUUGCCGUGCUCGUCAUGCUCGCGUUUCCGCUGCAGUGCCACCCCGCGCGCGCCUCCAUCAACCACAUCUGGCACUACUGCGUCCCCAGCCACACGGCCGCGCCCUCCGAGGCCUCCGCGCUCAUCCGCGGCGGCUCGCCGCCCGCGGACGCCGCGGAAGGCCCCGCGGACGAGCCCGCCGCCGUCCCGCUGGGGCCCCGCCGCUUCGCUGCCAUCACCGCCGCCCUGCUGAUCGCCUCCUACGCCGUCGCCGUGUCCGUCACCUCGCUGGCCCGCGUGCUCGCGGUCGUUGGCGCCACGGGCUCCACCGCCAUCUCCUUCAUCCUGCCGGGCCUCUUUGGCUACCAGCUCAUCGGCUCGGAGUCCCGCGCUGACCAGCUGCCGCCCCGCACCCGCUUCCUGCGCCUGCUCUCGCUACUGCUCGCCGCCUGGGGGCUCGUCGUCAUGUGCGCGGGCCUGUCCGCAGCCCUGCUCUUCGACCCCACCCACUAG